AUGGAAGGAUUUAAUCAGUCAUCAAUCGACCAUAACGUUACUGCGAAUUGGGUUAAUUCAAACCAUUCUAAAUUUACUAUGAAUUGUCUUUACGUGGAUUUUAGUCGAAGCGCCAUUGACAAGUUCUACAUUACCUACAUCUUGAGCAUUGUUCUAAACUCUGUUUGUGCAUUGCCAGCAAGUAUACUAAACAUUUUGGUCAUAUUAGCAGUAUGGAGAAAAUCCCAAUUACACAACCCUUCAAAUUUACUACUCAGCAAUUUAGCUUUGACUGACUUUGGCGUGGGUUGUUUGGUGCAGCCCGUCUUUGCCGCGCACAAAAUCGCCGCUCUACACGAGAAUAUUCCAGUUCACUGCAUCGCGUCGCUCGCCAGCAAGACCUUGGCUUCACUUUUAUGUGCAGUUUCUCUUCUUACACUAACUGCUAUUAGUAUCGACAGGCUCUUAGCACUCGCAUUAAGCGUGCGUUACCGCACUGUGGUUACCAUUCCGAUUACCACGCGCGUCGUGGUACUUCUGUGGUUAGUAGGCAUUUUAGUAACCAUUCCGUUGUUUGUCUACCCAAUGAGUUUUCUUUAUUGCAUGAUCUUAGUAAUGGUGAUAUGUUUAACAGUUACAAUCAUCGCCUACACUAAGCUGCUACAUCUAAUUCACCGACACAAGACAAAAGUAGGGGUGGAUACACGGCAAACGACAAGACAACAGAGCCAAGAAACAGCCGAAAUGGCCAACAUUGCUAAAUACAAGGCCUCCAUUCGCACUGUUAUCUACCUGGUUAUCACAAUGGUGUUGUUUUACUCGCCAUAUCUUGUAACAAACAUUGUGCUGGUCGCAGUGGAAUCGCGCAACGACGACCGUUUCAAAGCAGCUUUCAACAUUACUCACAGCAUUUUGUUCAUGAAUUCGAUCGUGAAUCCCGCUUUUUACUGCUGGAAGAUAAAAAGCAUCCGAAACGCCGUCAUCGAGAUGCUCCCUGAAAGAUUCCAGGAAUAAAACUAAAAAAAAGCAUUAAAAGUUGUCUUUGCCUGACGAAAUAAAGAACAGUGAAGAGUACUAGGAUAGGAUUGUCGUCCAAAAGUAUUCAUUUCCACUAGGGACACUUUAAGUUUCACUUCAAGACUUGUAAACCUUACAGGGUAGCAAUGGGGGUCCUGACUCAGUUUCACGCAUGAAUAUGAGAAAAAUUCACGCGUCACGUGUACUUUGAACAGUAUUUCACGCGUCAUAAAUUUAAAAGGGAAAACUUCAAAUCUCACUUUACCUUGCUUUCU